AACGUCGGGUGGCCGAGUCCGAUUGAAGCCGUCCAGUGAGGGAAUUACAGCAGGAGGAAGAGCAGUCUGUCGGUGUUACUUGCACGAUUCUGUCAAAGCAUUCCCUUUAAAAUGGCGUACCACAGUCCGUACAAAGCUCCUCCUCAUAUCAACGCGCCUCCGGAUCAAGGUUUUCUGUGGAAUAUCUUUCAGAGGGUUGACAAGGACCGGAGCGGAGUGAUUUCGGACUCAGAGCUCCAGCAGGCCUUAUCGAAUGGCACAUGGACUCCUUUCAACCCAGUGACGGUGCGCUCCAUCAUAUCCAUGUUUGACAGGGAAAAUAAAGGUGGUGUGAACUUCAACGAGUUUGCCGGCGUGUGGAAGUACAUCACAGACUGGCAGAACAUCUUCAGGACCUACGACAGGGACAACUCUGGCUUCAUCGAUAAGAACGAGCUCAGACAGGCGCUGACUGGAUUCGGUGAGCAGCAAAGCUAUCGUCUAUCAGAUCAGUUCUACGGCACGCUGAUAGACAAGUUCGACCGCCAGAGGAAGGGACAGGUUGCCUUCGAUGACUUCAUCCAGUGCUGUAUUGUACUACAGAGGCUGACUGACGUGUUCAGGCGGUACGACACAGACCAGGAUGGCUGGAUCCAGGUUUCAUAUGAACAGUAUCUAUCCAUGGUCUUCAAUAUAGUAUAACGCACACGGAUCACCACAGAAGAGCACAACUGGACACAACUGUGCCAAAGCUACCGGCACCUCCCGGAUGUCUGCCAUGGUGGACACUACAAGAUUUUUUCAAAACCUAAUUCUCAGUCCCAGUUGGGCUGUUUCACACAAAUUUAUCAAAAUCAAUUGAUUAAAACCUAAAGGAACCUUUGUGUUUUUUUAAGGGUUGUAAUACCCCCCAUAUGACAGUACUUGUCUCAAGGUGCAACUACAAUGCUUGAUGUAUUUAAAAAAAAAAAUCUUGUAGUGUUUUGUCCGAUGACCAAUCUGAGCUACAUCUGUGUUGGGGUUGGGGAAUAUUAUGGACACACCCUGUCUGUCUGUCUGUCUGUCAGUCUGUCUGUUCUUGUCGACAAUGUUUUUAAUGUCUUAACUUUAAUUGACACACUUAAAAAAUAACUCAGUUGAGAGUAAAAAUGAUGCAUUGUAAAUAUGAUUUAAAAUGCGUUGCAUGCUUUUCAGGGAAAUUUAGCCCCACGUUGAAGCAUGCUUUCCCUUUCUCUUGUCUUUUCCUCAGCCCUAUUUUGCUCAAAGCCAUGUUUACAAAAACGGUGAAAGCAGAGAACGAUCUGCUUCGAGAUUCACUGACAUGCCAGCUUACAUGCCAUAUUUGUACAAACUUAUUUUUAACAGCAAAUCUUCAAAUGUUAGAACAUAUAAUUUUUGGUAGAGGGUAAGCAUAAUGCCUUUAGUAUGGCUUAUUUUUUGUGCAUGAUGCCUUAAAAUGUGUAAAAACAACACAAAAAAGAGAAAUCUUUUAUUAAAAAACUGAAAAUCUG